AUGUCGUUCAUGGGUGGAAGCGCUUGCGCCGCUGGGGCUAAUCCAUUAUCCCAGAUGGCCAAACAGCAAAGUAUCGAUAGAACUCACCAAUUUGAGCAAAUGCAGGGGAAGCAAGGUCCGGCAUCGCUUCGCGGAGACAACCGACAGAUGUCCGCGGCCGACCGCCAGCUUCUCCAAGGUAUGGAGCAACACCAAGCCAGCCCUGUUAGCUUCCAGUAUGCUGAUAUGCGAAACGAGCUGGGUAAAAUGGGUCCCCAACCCGGUCCUUCUGCUGAUUGGUCGAAGGACUUCAACAGCCAGUUUGCCACACCCCGUGCGAAUUCUCAAUGGGCUGCGGAGUUUUCGCCCGGUCAACAAAAUGCACAGUUCUCUGCCAGUCCUGCUCAUGCCACAACUUCUACCGGACCCAUGGGUUACAUGCCUACUAUGAUGGGUGGAACCAUGGGAGGAAUGGGUAUGAUGAGGCCGAUGGGCAUGCAGCCGCAAAUGCAGGCCACACAUUCUCGAGUAGUUGAGCUGGACGAUAACAAAUGGGAAGAGCAGUUUAAAAAUAUCGAGUCUCAGAGUGCCAAAGCGACCCCUCAGCCCGAGGUAGUCGCUGAGAACCUUCAAACUGGGCAGGAGCAGGAACAAGCUGAAGGCGAUGAAGUUGAGGUAGCGGAUCUUUUGGAUGAGAAGGAAAUUGGAAUCGAGGAUGGCUAUGAUGAUGCUUGGUUCCGAAACACUGAUCAAAUGUACCCGCCUGGUUGGGACGAUGUUUGGGACCGUAUUAAGGAUCAGGUUGGCGACACAAUGGCCGAGGGUGCACGUACUCGAGCAGGGGACUUUACCAGCGAUUUCGAUAUCUAUGCUGGGUCCAACCCCCAUUUUGCCGAUUACGAGUUUGCCGAAGAAAACCAGUACAGACAGGAGGACGAUCCUUUCGUCAUGGGAGUUGCCUUGAUGGAUCAGGGAGCCAAGCUUAGUCUGGCUAUUCUUUGCUUCGAGGCUGCUCUCGAACGUGAUCCCAACCACGUCGAAGCAUGGUCGCGACUUGGGUCUGCUCUUGCUCAGAAUGAGAGUGAGGAGGGGGCUAUUCGUGCUCUGGAACAGUGCGUGAAGCUUGAUCCCACAAACGAGCAGGCCCUCAUGAACUUGGCGGUGUCCUAUACUAAUGAAGGCUACGAAAAUGCUGCCUAUGCAACCAUGGAACGCUGGUUGGCCACCAAGUACCCUGACCUGGUGGCUCAGUUCGACAGGACCGCCAACUGGGACCAGGUUCUACACAGCAAGGUCACUGAUAUGUUCAUUAAAGCUGCACAGCUGUCUCCAGACAUUGCUAAUAUGGAUGUCGACGUCCAAGCUGGUCUGGGCGUGCUGUUCUAUGGUAACGAAGAGUAUGAUAAGGCUAUUGACUGCUUCCGGGCUGCUAUCUCAGCACGGCCUGAUGACCCCCUUCUUUGGAAUCGCUUGGGUGCCACUCUGGCCAACUCCAACCACUCUGAAGAAGCCAUCGAAGCGUAUUAUAAGGCGCUCGAGCUGCGCCCGUCGUUCGUACGCGCCCGCUACAACGUCGCCGUUUCGUGUAUUAAUAUCGGCUGCUAUCGCGAAGCAGUCGAGCACCUUCUUUCCGCUCUCUCCCUCCACGAAACUGGUACCGACAAGACCGCUGUGAACUCCAAAAACUUGCAUGAAACCCUCCGCCGUGUAUUCUUGGCAAUGGACCGUAGAGAUUUGCUCUCAAAGGUGGGCCCCGGAAUGGACCUGGAAGCCUUCAGAAGUGAAUUCAACUUUUAA